AUCUGUUUAGAACAAAGUGCAACAUGCGUUACUUCUUACUGUUCAUCACAAGUUUCAUUCUUCUUCAUGUUCAACAAUCCACACAAGAUGACUUGCUUAAACUCAAGGUGAAGAAAUCUUAUAUAGAAAGAAAAUUAGUUCGGAAUGCAGAACAUUUGGUGCAGAACAGUGCAAAUUUGGUGAAUCUGACGAAAGUAAUACAGGACCACAUAGAAAACAUCAAUGCUUUACUGUCACCUGGCGGAUUAUCAGUUGAUAAAUAUAUUUCUUGCAGAAGAAAACAGAUGGAAGGUCAAUCUGGAGUCAAACUCAUGAAAAGUCUAGUGGACAUUAUUGUGAGAGAAGAGAAGUAUUUCGGAAUUAUUACUACUGACACACAUAACAUGAAGCAGUGCUUUCAGGAUAAGGCGAAGAGUUAUGAAGUGAGGUAAUAAUUUCUCAGUUGGCUUCAUCCCGGAGCUCUUUGUUACUCAUAAUUUCUGGCCGACCAUCCAACUCUCCGUACAGAGCGAAUGUAUCUGUUGAUAAAAGUCUGCAGCCAAUGUGAGAGUUCCGUUUUCUUUUUAACAAAUCAAUUUAACUUGAAUAAAUUUUUCAACUAACAUUUUCACAGAAAUUCAUCAACUAACUAAUCAAAUCAGAACAUUGUACUAUGUAAUCGAGGCACAAACCCAAAGCGUAUAAUAACUGCAUCACUUGGAAAUUAUUAUUUCUUCUUAUCACCCAAUGACUUUUCGGAGGAAACAGUGCUGAGCAACAUGUUCAUUGACUUUUAUUAUCUUCAUUAUUAAUGUUGAUAUUAAUUUCACUUUAACUUUUCAUUUCUUCUGAAAUGGUGCUCUUUUAAUUCAUUGUGUGACAAUUAACGUUUGAAAUAUUAAAGUGUGAAUUCAAAAUAAUUA